GCGGUUCAGGAAUUCUAUACAGGCAUUAAAGCGGGCACCUAAUAUGACGCACCUAAUAUGGACGGGGUUUAGCGAAGACCUCACCCGGAAGCGACCGGCUGGGAAGCGGAAGUCGUCGACGGAGAGGCGGCGAAAGCGGACCAGAGUUUGCGGGGAGACUUGAGGACCAAAGAGGAAACGUCACAGUCAUUGGUCUAGCAGGACGAGACUUGAAGCCUGUAAUCACAGAGACCAGCCAUCUUUCCGUUGUGCUUGCUGGAAGGAGAUCCUGAGGUUAUCUUCUGGAGGACAUGCCUAAAGUCAAAAGAAGCCGGAAAGCACCCCCAGAUGGCUGGGAGUUGAUAGAACCGACAUUAGAUGAAUUAGACCAGAAGAUGCGAGAAGCUGAGACAGAACCCCACGAAGGGAAGAGGAAAGUGGAAUCGCUGUGGCCCAUCUUCCGGAUCCACCACCAGAAGACCCGUUAUAUUUUUGACUUGUUUUAUAAACGGAAAGCUAUAAGCAGAGAGCUGUAUGAGUACUGCAUCAAGGAAGGCUACGCCGAUAAAAACCUGAUUGCGAAGUGGAAGAAGCAGGGCUACGAGAACCUGUGUUGCCUGCGCUGCAUCCAGACCCGGGACACCAACUUCGGAACCAACUGCAUCUGCAGGGUGCCCAAGAGCAAGCUGGAAGUGGGCCGGAUCAUAGAGUGCACACACUGUGGCUGCCGUGGCUGCUCUGGCUAACAAAAUCACAGGCCCCCCCUCCACCCUGGACUUUUGGACUGGCAGCUUCCUUCCUACCCGUCAGCCCUGGAGAAAGCAGCCUUUCCUGAAAACCAGUGCCUGGGCCGGAGUGUGCGCCUGGCCCCUCCAGAUAAAGACUGGUGUUCUCCAGCUGUCAUUUGUAGAAAUAAAACUUUUAAACCUUU